AUGAAGUUCUCUCACGCUCUCCUUGGGGCUGGCCUCUUGGGUACUGCUCUGGCUGACAUUGACCCUAUCAUCAUCAAGGGAUCCAAGUUCUUCUACUCCAGCAACAACACUCAAUUCUACAUCCGCGGUAUUGCCUACCAACAGGACUACUCGAGCAAUGGCACCACCGAUGGCAGCAGCACCUACAUCGACCCCUUGUCGGAUGCCACGCUGUGCAAGCGUGACAUUCCCAUCUUCCAGGAGCUGAAUACCAACACCAUCCGUGUUUACGCCAUCGAUCCCACCGCCAAUCACACAGAGUGCAUGCAGAUGUUGGCCGAUGCUGGCAUCUAUGUCAUCUCCGAUCUCUCUGACCCGUCCGACUCGAUUGACCGCAGUGAUCCCUCCUGGGAGACCACGCUCUACAACCGCUACACCAGCGUGAUUGACGCCCUGGCACCGUACAACAACACCCUUGGCUUCUUUGCGGGCAAUGAAGUUUCCAACACCGUCGGUACCACCGAUGCCAGUGCCUUCGUCAAGGCGGCGGUGCGGGACAUGAAGGCGUACAUUAAGGAAAAGGGAUACCGCUCGAUGGGAGUCGGCUACGCGACCAACGAUGACUCGACCAUCCGUGUCAACAUGGCCGACUACUUCAACUGCGAGGAAAGUGACGAGUCUAUCGACUUCUGGGGAUACAACAUCUACUCCUGGUGCGGUGAUUCGUCCUACACCACGUCUGGGUACGACGUCCGCACGGAAGAGUUCAGCAACUACUCCGUUCCUGUCUUCUUCGCCGAGUAUGGUUGCAACGAGGUCACUCCCCGCAAGUUCACCGAAAUCGAGGCCUUGUUUGGCGACAAGAUGAACGAUGUCUGGUCGGGUGGUAUCGUGUACAUGUAUUUCCAGGAGUCCAACAACUACGGUCUGGUCAGCGCCGUCGACAGCACCAGCGUCAGCACCAUGGCCGACUUCAAGUACUACUCCAGCCAGAUCAACAACAACGCCAACCCAUCCGGCACCAACAAGGCCUCCUACACCCCCACCAACACGGCCUUGCAAAGCUGCCCUACCGUCAACAGCAAGUGGCUUGCCACCGCCAGCCCCCUUCCCCCUACCCCCAACGAGCAGCUCUGCACCUGCAUGAGCAACGCCGCCUCCUGCGUUGUCAAGAACUCCGUCAGCAGCGACGACUACAGCGACCUUUUCAGUCUUAUCUGCGGCUACACCGACUGCACCGGGAUCGCUCGCAACGCCACCACAGGCAGCUUCGGCGCCUACGGCAUGUGCACCCCCAAGCAGCAGCUCAACUUCCUGCUCAACAAGUACUACUCCGAGCAGAGCUCUGCUGCCUCCGCCUGUAGCUUCGGCGGCUCUGCCACCGUCACCUCCGCCACCAAGGCGACGGGUACCUGCAGCUCCCUCAUGAAGGAGGCCGGCACGGCGGGCACCGGCACCGUCACCUCCAAGCCCACCGGCACCGCUGACUCGUCCGGCUCGUCUGCAUCAUCGACUAGCUCUUCCGGUGCGGCUGUUGCUCUUACGCGCGGCACUGCAGUGACUGUUGGCUCUUUCGAGCUGGGUGUGUAUGCCAUCACCGCGCUUCUGACUGGAGUGGGCAUGGUCAUGCUGUGCAUGCGGCUUCGACGAGAUGCACCGGCCCAAGGAAAGCAAUCGUCGCUCGUUGUCUUGGACACUGAGAUUAACGAUGUCGAGGUGGUCGUACAGUCUAUGAAGAAGGUCUCUUGCGUGUCUAGCGGGGAAGCAACUGAAGGACAGACACAAGACAUGGCCUUCGAUGACGAGACUGGGUCCGAAGAAGAUAUCCCCGGACCAUCUCCGUUCAAUGCGGCAACCCGGGAGGCGGAUUCCGAUGAAAUCAAAAGGCUUGUAGCAGCUGGAGAGGACAUCCUCUCCACUGGUGAGAUCGGGCAAUCACCUGCAUAUUCAGCUGCCGCUACACAUCUGGCAACGAGGGCGGCUUCAUCCCGCUCAACGCAGUCGCUACAUGCGGUCAUGCGGACGCAGUGCUUGUCCUCCUGCACCACGGGGCAGAUCCAGAUGUCCCAUCUGUCGACAGCAAUCCCCAAUCUCCUUCGCCGCGAAGCUGGAUCACCUAGGCUCGGUAAAGGUGCUUGCCGAACAUGGAGUGAACGUAUCAGACAGGACACAUCCAAAGCAUUGCCGCUGAACGCGACAGCUAAUAGUGGGCAACUGCAUAUCGAAAAGUACGUGCUGGGCCAAGGGACGGGCUUAGGCAUACCUAAUACCAAUGGAUGGACCCCAAUGGCAUCGGCUGCCUCAGAACGCCAUGCGGAGAUCGUCAAGGCUCUAGUGAACCGCGGGGCGGACGUCCACGCUAUAAUUGACGACGGCGUAACGGCGUUUUAUGCUGCAGCCCAGACGGGCCACACUGAUGUGGUCAGCAUUCUUUUGACUACGGAGCGGAUACCUCCAAGCCUGCGGGGGUCAAUAACUGGACUCAACUCAAGGCGGCGGCGCGCCGCGACUGAAGGCCAUCUCGAGAACGCGAUUGCGCUGCUCAAGCAAAGAGCGGAUCAGGCCGACCUGCACUCACGAGGCGCCACUCCAAUUAACUCCGCGGCACUGAGCGGCCAUCACGCUAUCGUUGAGCUCCUCGUCGAACUCGGUGCAGGUGUCAACGUGGCAAACAAGGACUAA